UGGGCUGAGAGUAGCGGCAAGAACACGCGCCGCGAUUGGCGGGCGCCGCGGCGGCUGGGCGCUGUUGCUAGGUUGGGUAAAGAUGGCGGCUCUGGACAGGGUCAAGGUGCUGGUGCUGGGCGACUCCGGUGUCGGGAAAUCGUCGCUCGUUCACCUCUUGUGCCACAACCAGGUGCUGGGAAACCCGUCCUGGACAGUGGGCUGCUCCGUGGAUGUGCGAAUCCAUGACUACAAAGAGGGAACUCCAGAAGAGAAGACCUAUUACAUUGAGCUGUGGGAUGUUGGAGGCUCCGUGGGCAGUGCCACCAGUGUGAAAAGCACACGAGCAGUGUUCUAUAAUUUGCUGAAUGGGAUAAUUUUAGUGCAUGACUUGACCAACAAGAAAUCAUCCCAGAAUUUGUACCGCUGGUCUUUGGAAGCACUCAACAGAGAUGUCGCUCCCACAGGAGUUCUCGUGACAAACGGUGACUAUGACCAUGAACAGUUUGGUGACAACCAGAUCCCACUGCUGGUAAUAGGAACUAAACUGGAUCAGAUCCCAGAAACUAAGAGGAAUGAAGUUUUGACCAGAACAGCGUUCUUGGCUGAGGAUUUCAAUGCUGAAGAGAUAAAUUUGGACUGCACCAAUCCUCGUUACCUGGCUGCAGGUUCAUCCAAUGCUGUCAAACUAAGCAGGUUUUUUGAUAAGGUCAUAGAGAAGAGAUACUUCCUAAGAGAUGGCAAUCAGAUUCCAGGCUUCUCUGAAAGGAAGAGGUUUGGAGGAGGAGCGACGAAGAGCCUGCAUUAUGACUGAGCACUGAGGAAGAGGAAGACGGCUUCUCUCUGUCCUGAUGACAUUCCCAUUCCGACUGGGUGCUCAAAGACAGUAAUGCUCCUGUCAAGCAGAGUAAAAUGAUAUUGCAGCUGCCUAGCCUGCUGAAGCUUCUGUUGUUGGAAAAGACUUGGGAAAGGUUUUCCAAAAACAUAAUCUGGAGCCUAGAGUAUUUCUUAGGAUGGCAGACCAUCUGGAUCUCUGGGAACUUCUGGGGGAAAGUGUGCAAUAAGUUGAACGCCUCUCACACUCCUGUGGGAAACUUCAUCCUACACAGCACGUAUAUGUGACAUCCUUGUCUCCAUUUGGGAAACUUAUGGACAGUUCUUUGCAAUGUUUUGCAUUCAUUUUACCUCUAAAGGAAAGAUGACACUGAGUGGGCCUCUCAUGUACAGUAAACGACCAAAACAAGUGAGCAAAACGUAAUGAUGGGUAAAGAGCGGUCUGGAAAAUAAUAGAAUGCCUUCAUUAAAUGAAUGGAGUGUUGUUUCACCUAGAGCACACUGUUCAUCCCUAUUCAAAAGGGAUAAAAGCAAUAGGCGAGAUACGAAAAAAAAUUUGAAGCCUUAAAAUCAUUAGUAGAAAACAACUGGUGUUAGUUCUGCUGCUUAAAUUAAAAUUGUUUACUUUGGAGAGGGCAAAAGUAAAUCGGGUUCUCCUGUUUAUCUUUUCAUAUUUGAUUGUGGUCUUGUUUUUUAUAUUAAAUUAAAAUGCAAUUCAUUGAAAACUGAUGGAGAAAAUACGUUUUUGUAGAGUGCUUAUUCGGAACAAAUGGGACAUGACGUGGUCCUACUGAGCCUGAGAACUUAGUGGAUUCAGAAAACAUGAAAUGUAAGAACAUCCUCUAAAUUAGAAAGGAUAGAAAUUUAGGAGGGAUAUGAAGCUGUGUAAAAAGUAGGAACUGAGCAUGAUUAGGAGGAGAGUUCUGUGAUAUAGAUGUUUCCUUUACAUAGUUAGCACUAAGGGUGAAGGAGACUUGAUCUGGUCUGAUCUCCUGUACAAGGUCUUGUUUUCCUCAAUAGCCCAAGCUUUGCACGGUUUCUCACCUUGCUGGAAUUCCAUGGAGUGGUAAAAGCCUGAUUUAUAACAGUUCCCUCUUUCCACUCCUUCCUCACAGUUACCUCUAAUGGUUAAGUCUCUGGCAAAGGCUAACUAAGAGCUAGAGUUAGAUAUAAAUAGAGAUUAAUAAUAAAUGGGGAUAGAAGAAAGUAAAAUGCUGGUGUGAAAUUGACAGGGAGCAGAGUUCUGCAGUCUCUGGAUUACCUCUGCCUGCAGCUCUUCUGGCAGCUGCUUGGAAAUAAAUGGAAAGCUGCCAACUGCCACUUAUCAGGCACAAAAGUGACAGUUGGGGGCACCAGUCAAACCUAUUGAAAAUAGGGAUGCUUUGCUUUUCCUGAGGCCAUUUCCAGAAAGGUCUGGGAGCAGUUGUAAACAUGAAUGCAGUAAGUUUUGAGAUGCUUGUGUGAAAUAGGUUGUUAGCUUAGUUAGUUUACAACCAGAAAGAACAAGGUACCAGAAUAUUCAUUACAAAGAACACGUGUCUGAGCUGUGCAGCUUGUAACAGCACCAGUGGCUGUCUCUGAUCCUUGACUAUGAAAGCUGGAAUUGUUUUCUCAAGGUCAGGUGCAGACUUAGGGUAACCAGAUCUGAGCUCCCUCAGGUUCCUAAGGAACUGCAGAGCAGAACAAGCAAGCUGUAGUGCUAUUUCCUCCUUCACCCUGUGGCAUCUUUUGAGUGGCCAAAUCCCUGGCUGCAGCUCACCUGUCUGUGUGUUUUAAAGUAGGCCUCUAGCCCAGAAUAAGUAUCUUGUUUGUUUAGAUCUCAGCAGGUAACCACAAUUAGCUAUCUUUUUUCGUUCUUAGGACAAGGUGAUGUGUAAUGGAGUCGUGCAUGUUGAUGAUGUUGCAUUUAUUUUUGCAGGAAGAUCCAGCUUCUUGUCAGAACCAGGAGUAUGUGAGCAGCUGGAGUUGGUUACAUUGCUUUUCUACCUUACCUGUUUCAGCUGCCCAAAAAAGGUUCACUUGCAAGCUUAGGGAUGUGAUACCAGUCAACUUUUCUGUGUCACACUUGUUUUAUGUGUUUUACCUUUCUUUUCUCUGCAUGCACACACCCCUUCCAUACCCUGUGGUCCUUCUGUCUGUCUUGCCUCUGUCAGCCUAAUCCUCAUUCCUCCAGCUCCCUUUCUCGCAAUUACUAUCCCUCUUUCUCUCCCCAUUUGCCCCAUCUGUCUGACCCCUUUGUAUCACAAGAAGUCACAAAGACUCUGCUCUCUGGUUUCCCCUUUUUUUCCUAUUUUCCUCACUGUUUCUCUCUGCUGUGCAUUGUCUUUGUUACUGCACCACUGAAAUUUUGUUUCUCUGCUUUCCUUCAUCUCUGGUUGUGUCUGUCUCUGGUUUCUAUUACAUGCACAUGCAUUUCACAUCAAAACACUGUCAGUCCCUUUAAAUUCAAGCUACUCAAUGUCUCUCUGUUAUUUCCCAGACAGAAGAAUGUGCCCAGGUGCUGUGUUCCAGAGGUGUCAGUGAGGGCGUCUCAUGCAGGUACACGUGAGAUGUGUUGGACCGCCCUUGCACACGCAGGUGAAAUGUAGAGCUAAUAAACCAUGAGCCUUCCCUGUUCCUAAGGGGCUUGGCAGAGCUUUCUGGUUGAUCUAUGACCACUUUGAUGACUGGAGGGAUAGUCAGAAUGAAUAGGAAUAUGUUCUUAACGUGGAAAAUCUAGCAAGCAUGCCACUGGCUUUUUAAGCAUGUGAAAUCUAUCUAGUAAUGGGCUUUUGGGUGCAACCCUAAUACAAAUUUUCAUUAUUGAUUAUAUUUGCAGAGGCAGCUGCAAUAUGCUCCAUUUGUCACUGCCGUGUAGUAGCCUGCAGUCAGUAUCAGUCAGCUGAGAUGAAGUCAGGGUUUGGGUUCUCAUUUCUCAGUGAAUAACAAGGUGACAGUUUUCACUGAUUGAAAACCUGCUUCUGCUUUUCAGCAAAGGGAGCUUAAUCCUUCUAUUUCUUUUGUUAGUCAGCUCCUCUUGUUAGAAGUCAUGUUUCUGUCUCACUUCCCUUCCAAGGAUGCUGGUUGCUUUGAUUCCUUUGUAGGGUUGAGCAAGUUUUGUGGCUUAGUGAACGAGUUUGCGUCGACAAAAAGUCAUUAUCGUUAUUGAUGGACCUGUCACUGGCUGGCAAGGUACCAGGAAGUGUGCAGAGGUGAAGCUUUCCUUUGCAGCUUUGCUGCAGGUCCUCAGACACACAGGGAUUUUAGGAAAAAAAUAUCACACAGUUAUCAUGUGGAAGAAGGGAAGAAAAAUAAAAUCCAGUUGCAAUCUUUAAUGUCAGGUAUCAAUGGCAAAGCUCCCCCACCUAAUGAGAGCCUGUGAUACGUAGCCAAAAGUAUUAUUUUUAGUAUUUAUUAUCCACUUGUCCUACUGUUUGUAUUCUGACACCUGAUCAGUAAAUGUGGAAAAUGUAUUUCUUUAUGGUACAUGAGGACACAAAGGAGAAAUUAAGGAGAGUCUCUGGCAUUAAGAGUGGCCAUGUGAGCGGCAUAAGGGAUUUCCAGUGGUGCAGGAAAAGCUGCAAUGAACAGCAAUGUUCAGGACCUGACUCAAAACAGAUCUUGAAAUGAGAUGUAGCUCCCUAACAGUGACGGUGAUGAUGUGUGAAACAGUUAAUGGAAAAAAAAGCAGAUUUGCCAAUGUUUAGGAUUUUUCAGAGUAGCAUUAGUUGCUUUGGGAAAGGUGUGCUUUAGCACAGCUUUGAGGCCAAGUCCCCAACAUACUUGUAAGGAAGGUGGUUUAGAUGUUCAGAGCUCUCUGUGGCAGCAAAGAGACUGUGAAAUCUGACUUUGGCAGUUCCGCUGCUUAGCCAACACCUGCUGCAAAUACCAUCAAAUACAGAAAUGUGUUUCCCUGUUCCUGCUUUGGCAUUGUAUCGCCGAGGUACAGCUCGUUGUGCCCCUUGGCCUUAUCAGGGUGCAGAAAUGCUGGUUCCAUACCUACUGAGAUUGCACAGGGAAGUUUAUUCUUGGCGUACCACCACGGACUUCUCUCAGAAAAAUGUCGAACACAAGACAAGCUCAUAAAUAAAAACAAUGCUCUUCCUUGACUAGAUCGAAAUGAAAUCUGGACUGUGUGAGCAAGCCAACUUAAAUUCAGUCAUAUUUUUGAAUAGGAGGAGCAUGAAGUGAAAUAGUGGGUGAUUAACCCAUGCACAUCUACGUUCCCUUUGACCCAAAAGUUAAUGUUUACACAGUGGAAGCGCACUGCUGGCUUUGGGUUAAAGAUUGUUUAAGGGACAAGCGUGCCCAGUAGCUGUGAAGGCUACAACUACGAUCAGAGCUUUUAUCGUUCUGUCUGAUACCAUCUGCUCUUCCUGAGGCUUGUUCUGCUGUGCCUUACGUGGGUUUGAUGGACCGUCCUACCCUUGCUGAAUAAAAGGUCAGAUCACAUCUUCAGUGGCUGUCCAAAAUGAGCUCCAGAGUGGGGAAGGACAGAACAAAGCAAUGUGACUACAUUUUCUGCUGACUUCUAAGAGUGGUGAUUCUAGCUUGCAGGCAGAAGCAUCACAGUAACAUGAGGAUGUGGCUUCUCCAGCUUCUAUUCGUGCAGCAUCUGCUUUUUGGUGACAAAGACCAUGUGCUUUCUGCUGCAGACAACUUUUAUGAUCUUUCCUGAACAAAUAAAUGGUAAUAAUUAA